UGGCCCUUUCCUGUCAGCGGCACGAAACAAGAUGGCUGCCCAAAUAUCAAAGAAGAGGAAGUUCGUUUCCGACGGUAUAUUCAAAGCUGAGCUGAACGAGUUCUUGACUCGGGAGCUCGCCGAGGAUGGGUACUCCGGGGUUGAGGUUCGUGUCACCCCCACCAGGACAGAAAUCAUCAUCCUGGCCACCAGAACCCAGAACGUGCUAGGUGAGAAGGGGCGUCGCAUUCGUGAGCUGACUGCCGUUGUCCAGAAGAGGUUCGGAUUCCUUGAGGGCAGCGUUGAGCUGUACGCUGAAAAGGUUGCCACCAGGGGGCUGUGUGCCAUCGCCCAGGCUGAGUCUCUCCGAUACAAGCUGCUAGGCGGCCUGGCUGUGCGUAGGGCAUGCUAUGGAGUCCUCCGCUUCAUUAUGGAGAGCGGGGCCAAGGGGUGUGAAGUGGUGGUCUCUGGGAAGCUCAGAGGACAGAGGGCCAAGUCCAUGAAGUUCGUGGACGGCCUGAUGAUCCACAGCGGAGACCCCGUCAACUACUAUGUCGACACCGCUGUGCGACACGUCCUGCUCAGACAGGGUGUGCUCGGUAUCAAGGUGAAAAUUAUGCUCCCCUGGGACCCCAGCGGUAAAAUCGGCCCCAAGAAGCCCCUCCCUGACCACGUGAGCAUCGUGGAGCCCAAGGAUGAAGUCCUCCCCACCACCCCCAUUUCAGAGCAGAAAGGGGCCAAGCCAGAGGCCCCCAUCAUGCCUCAGGGACCACCUGUCGCAACUGCAUAAAGGUUGUCCACAUCAGCUGGAGAUGGAACCCUUGGAUGUUUUCUGUAAAAACUUAAUAAAUAAAUAAAACUGGUAGAUAUGUGUCUGUUAA